GGUAGUUCAAGCGAAGACGUAACAGCAGUUCCGUACAGAAGCUGCGCGUGUCAGUCUGGGGUGUGUGCAGUGAGGGAUAAUCGGAGAAGAAGAAGGCGCGCGAGAGAUGAUAAGGGUGGCGUCCCCGCGGCCUCCUUCCGCCGUGCAGCUACGCGGCUGCGGCGGCGCCUCCUCCUCAGCGCUCCCUUACAGGGGAUCCGGAAGUUGCUUCGCGGCGACAAAUGGGAGCAGGAGGACGAGGAACAGAAGGAGCGCUAUCUCCUGCAGCUCGUCCGAGGACAGUGAGGGGCCCCGCGGCGCGGCGCCUCCGACUCCGGCUCCGGCUCCCACGGCACCUUCCGAGGGAUCGAUACAGCUCUACUCCCAGAUCGAGAGGGUGAUCACGGAGGCGGCGAAGCAGUCCAGCGAGGGCUGGGGUUCCACCGGCGAUUGGACCGAAAUUGAGGGGGCGUGGGUGUUGAGGCCCAAGUCUUCGGAGCCCUCGUUUGUUGUCCAUUUCAUUGGCGGGAUUUUUGUUGGAGCCGCACCGCAGGUCACUUACCGCUUCUUCCUCGAGCGUCUCGCGGACAAGGGAGCUUUGGUGAUUGCUACACCAUAUGCUAGCGGCUUCGAUCAUUUCUUCAUCGCAGAUGAAGUUCAAUUUAAGUUUGACAGGUGCUUGAGAAACUUGGUUGAACCUGUAAAUGACCUUCCUACAUUUGGUGUUGGACACUCUUUGGGAUCUGUCAUCCAUCUUCUUAUUGGAUCAAGAUAUGCUGUGCAGCGAAAUGGAAACAUACUGAUGGCCUUUAAUAACAAGGAGGCAAGCCAGGCGGUUCCAUUGUUUUCACCUGUAAUUGUUCCAAUGGCACAGAGUUUUGGUCCAAUACUAUCCCAGCUGACAUCAUCUCCAACAAUUCGCUUUGGGCAGGCUGAAGCAGCUAUUAAGCAACUUGAAAAUCUAGGCCCCCCUGUUGUUAAGCAACUUCUUCCCUUAAUUCAACAACUUCCUCCAUUGUAUAUGGACUUAGCGAAAGGCCGAGAAGAGUUCAUUCCAAAACCAGAAGAGACACGCCGGCUGAUAAAAUCUUACUACGGAAUUUCUCGAAACCUUUUAAUAAAGUUCAAAGAUGAUCAAAUCGAUGAAACCUCUAUCCUUGCACAAGUACUAAGCUCUGAAUCUUCUAUUAGCUCGCUGCUUGAUAUGUCGAUUCGAUCGCUUCCUGGGGAUCAUGGCAUGCCAUUGCAACAGGUACUUCCUGACGUUCCACCAGGAAUGGCUGAUGCAGUGAACCGUGGAGGUGAACUCCUCGCAAAUCUGACAACAGGCACACCAUGGGAGGCUGUUGCUAAGGAGUUAGGUACCACUUUUGGCACUGACUCUGGCAUUCUGCGAACACAGAUCCCCGAGGACGUCAAUGCACUUGUGGAUGUAAUUAUUUCAUGGAUAGCUUCAAAUUCUGGCCCAAAACUACUUCGUUCAUGACCACCCACAAUGCUUAUGGGGAUGUAAAUACCAGUGGACAACAACAGGAUUUACUGACGAAUGAUGAGUAAUGCAAAUUUGAGCUUGCAUUCAGCACUGCAUUUUA